CCAAAACAAAUUAACAUUUCAACCGAGAAAAAAAAAACCAAAACCACUGUGCCUUUUUAUAGCCUUCGUAAUAAAUUCACCCUCUUUUCCCUCUUCGCCCCCUUUAUAACUACCUUGCCAGUAGCACAAACGCGGUUUGAGCUGUUAACGUAUUUUUUCUUUUUUCUUUUUUUUUUUUGGCCUUUUUCAUUUUUUUGUCCCCCUCAACUUUUGUUCUCGUGUUCAUGGGGUGCGUCUGCACAAAGCAGGCAUACGUUCUGGACUACACUGAAGAUUCUCCCAAGGGCAAGGGUUCCAAUCGCAGCUCCACCAGAUGGCUCGUAAAGGAAGACGAAGAAAGUGCGGGCAUCAAUGGAAAUGGAAGCAGCAAUGCUGCUUCCGUGGAGGCGCGUAAAUUGACCGGGAAGAGUCCCGGGGGAUCGUUUGGCGAGGAGAAGAGCAAGAGUGUGCGGCGGAGGAAGAAGAAGAAGAAGGAUGAGGACGGCAAUUUGCCUGAUCUUCUUCUCGCCGAGUCGGAUAUGAUGAUCAGCACGUUUUUGGCUGGUAAUUUGCCGAAUCAUACGGAGGCCGAACAGGUGGCCGCUGGAUGGCCGGCCUGGCUCACAGCUGUCGCAGGGGAGGCCAUCAAGGGCUGGAUCCCGCGGAAGGCCGAUUCUUUUGAAAAGCUCUAUAAGAUUGGGCAAGGAACUUACAGUAAUGUGUACAAAGCUCGUGAUCUUGAUACUGGUAAGAUUGUUGCUCUGAAGAAGGUACGAUUUGAUAAUUUGGAGCCUGAAAGUGUUCGGUUUAUGGCACGAGAAAUUCAGGUGUUACGCAGACUUGAUCAUCCAAAUGUUGUGAAAUUGGAGGGCCUGGUUACUUCUGGGGUUUCCUGCAGUCUGUAUCUUGUUUUUGAGUACAUGGAGCAUGAUCUUGCUGGACUUGCUGCAUGCCCUGGGAUCAAGUUCACCGAACCACAGGUUAAAUGUUACAUGCAACAAUUACUUUGGGGGCUUGAUCAUUGUCACAGUCGUGGUGUACUCCAUCGUGAUAUCAAGGGUUCAAAUCUCUUAGUUGACAAUGGAGGAAUUCUAAAGAUAGCUGACUUUGGUCUAGCGACUUUCUUUCAUCCUGACCAGAGGCAGGCCUUGACAAGCCGUGUUGUAACACUUUGGUAUCGGCCUCCAGAACUCUUGCUUGGUGCUACAGACUAUGGAGUUGCUGUUGACCUAUGGAGUACAGGUUGCAUACUUGCAGAAUUGCUUUCUGGCAAGCCCAUCAUGCCUGGCAGAACAGAGGUGGAGCAGUUGCAUAAAAUAUUUAAGCUAUGUGGUUCACCAUCUGAAGAGUACUGGAGGAAGUCUAAAUUACCACAUGCAACCAUAUUCAAACCACAACACCCCUAUAAAUGUUGCAUUGCAGAGGCUUUCAAAGAUUUUCCUCCAUCAGCCUUGGUCUUGUUAGAAACCCUCCUUGCUAUAGAACCUGCAGAUCGUGGACGGGCAGAUGGAGCUCUUAAGAGUGAGUUCUUCACUACAAAGCCACUUCCUUGUGAUCCAUCAAGCUUGCCUAAGUACCCACCAAGCAAAGAGUUUGAUGCAAAAAUACGUGCUGAAGAAGCCAGACGUAGUCACUUUGUCAGGCAAAGAGCUGCAGGGGGCAGAGGUCACGGACCUGAGGCAGCAAGAAGAGUGUCAAAACUACCUAGAGCAGCACCAACACCUGAUGGUGCUUCUGAAUCAAUGGCACCUGCACAGAAGCAACGCCCAAGUUCUCAUAGAACUUCUAAUAUUAGGAACGAGAACUCAAACCCGCAGCCACAUGAAUUACUUAUUGAUCCUCAAAGGUCUGUGCAACAUUCUUAUGAAACAGCAGCUAGUGCGUCCCAUGUGACACCUGUGAUUGCACGCUCUGGUCCUCUAUCAUAUACCUAUGGGAGUGGUUCAACUGCAACAUUUGGGAAGAUAUAUAAAGAAGAUAGUAUAGACAAGCAUCCUGCUCAAACAUCAGUUCAGUCAUUGAAGUUACCGAUAUGUUCUGAAUUGAAAACCCAAGGAAUGUAUGGACAACAACCUGUGGGUGAUUUGUCGAAGGCUACAAAAUUGGCAGCAGGAAGAAAAUAUGAUGUUAAGGAGACAUACAAAGACCAAUGUAGUCUUUCACAACAGAAUCUUGGUGAUAGUAUGGGCAGCUUACAGAAUGGCAAGCAUGAAGGUUCAAGAGUUCCAGACUUUUCGACAAAACAAAACAUGGUUCAACAGCAGAGACACGAGUCAUUAAAACGUUUAGAUAGUUUUCAACUGCAGGAUGUGUCUGGAUUGUAUCCUCAAAGGGGUGAAAGAGUUGCUAGUAGAGAACCUUUCAUGGGAUAUGGUCAUCAAGAGGAGAGAAUUAUGUACUCUGGACCUCUGUUGCCUCCAUCUGCCAAUAUUGAUGACAUUUUAAAAAAGCAUGAGCGGAAUAUUCAACGAGCCGUACGCAGAGCACGCCAAGGGAAAGGUGAAACGGCAAAAACUGAUUCAUCCUUUUCUGGGAGGAAAGUGUUUGAACAGAAAAGUUUGGUUUCUAAUCCAAAAGGGUAUAAAGGAUCUUCAGAUUUUAAAGGUGAAUUGACAACAUCAUUAAUCAACACUAGACAAACCAUGAGAUCCGGUUUAACUAAGGAACUUAAAAAUGAGGAGGAAUGAGAAAGAGGCCCCUUCUCAUCAGCUGUGGAAAAGUGUGAAAGGGAGCAAGAAACUUAAUGUAUGUCGCUUGAUUUCAUUGUGUUCCUCUCAUAUUGUUGACCUUAAUGUAUUUCAUGGAUUGAUCAGAAUGGGAGAAGUUUACUUAUUGUAAAUUCUUGAAUGCUUCAAUUGGGUAAUCAACGGUCAUGCAUUUUAUGGUAUGUACACUGGCUUUGUUCUUCUGAAGUUCAGGUGUAGCCAUUUUCUCUUCAUGAAAAUCCCAAAGGUAUUACCAGCUACCAGGUCCUUCAACUCCAGGGGUAAUCAGAGGACUUAAGGAUCUUCAACUAAAUGUUUGUAUUACACACAAUUGCCUGCUGGGAACUACAACUGUUUCUUGGAUCUACCUAUUGAAACAUUAAAGGAUUAUCACUAGAAUUUAUAGGAUUUGUUGCAGUUUUCUUAUGAUGUAACAACUGAAGAGAUAGUCAUUCUCCACUUGCACCUGAUGUCAAUAGCUAAAGCGACACAAUAAUUACCUUUCCAAUGUUUUGUUUACUGUGGAACACACAAAGUUUCCACCAUAGGUAGGGUUCCAUAUUUGUUCUCAUAUGGUUAAAUAAAAGCUUAGGUAAUUCCACAAAAGCCUUUGUAUUGGAACAGUUUUUGGGCUAGAAGAUUGAGGAAUAGUUUCAUUUGAACGAUUUGGAAUUGGCUAUGGGUGUAAUAAGUUUGGUUCUUUCAUUAGGACCUGCAGGCCUUUUUUGUGGCCUUGUAUUCUCAUCAAACCAUCCUCUGGGGAAUCUACUAUUUUCUGCGAAGAGGAGAAACCAGAAAAAUGCAUUGAGGAAGCAGCUGUCAUUAUACAUUUCUGUAAUUUAAAAUUUGAAGUCAAAGAAUUGCAAAUUAAGCAUUAUAUCCUCA